GACCGAGCAGAACUGCAGCACUUAAACCUCAAUAUAAGAAAUUGUUCACCAUGCCAGGCGCAGUGAAGGGCCCGUCGACCCUCUACGACAAGGUCUUCGAGCAGCACAUUGUCGACGAACGUCCAGAUGGCACAGUCUUGCUGUACAUCGAUCGCCACUUGGUCCACGAAGUCACCAGCCCGCAGGCCUUCGAAGGUCUGACCAACGCAGGCCGCAGAGUGAGAAGACCAGACUGCACCCUUGCCACCACCGAUCACAACGUCCCGACCAGCUCGAGGAAAAACUUCAAGAAUAUCAGCGACUUUGUGGAAGAGGACGACAGCAGAUUGCAGUGCACAACCUUGGAGCAAAAUGUCAAGGACUUCAACCUCACAUAUUUCGGACUCGGCGACAAGAGACAGGGAAUCGUGCAUGUCAUUGGACCAGAGCAGGGUUUCACUCUCCCUGGAACAACUGUCGUGUGCGGUGACUCUCACACGAGCACCCAUGGAGCUUUUGGUGCUCUCGCAUUCGGUAUUGGAACGAGUGAAGUGGAGCACGUCUUGGCCACACAGACUCUCAUGACACGACGAAGCAAGAACAUGAAGGUUCAGGUCGACGGCGAGCUGGCACACGGCGUGGGCAGCAAGGACAUCAUAUUGUAUGUCAUCGGCCAGAUUGGUACUGCUGGUGGCACUGGACACGUCAUUGAGUUCUGUGGAUCAGCCAUCCGUGGCUUGAGCAUGGAGGCACGGAUGAGCAUGUGUAAUAUGAGUAUCGAGGGUGGUGCUCGUGCAGGGUUGGUGGCACCGGAUCAGACGACAUUCGACUACAUCAAAGGUAAGCCGCUGGCACCCAAGCAGGACUCUGCCGAGUGGAAGAAGGCAAUUAAGCAUUGGGAGGCUCUCAGGAGUGACCCCGAUGCGAAGUGGGAUGCAGAGAUCUUCAUCGAUGCAAAGGACAUCGCUCCCACUGUAUCGUGGGGAACUUCGCCGCAAGACGUUGUUCCAAUCACUGGUAGCGUGCCAGGCCCGGAUGAUUUCGACAACAAGGACAAGAAGGAGGCAUGCGUUCGUGCGCUCAAGUACAUGGGACUCGAGGCCGGCACAAAGAUGGAGGACAUUGUUCUGGACAAGAUAUUCAUCGGUUCUUGCACAAACUCUCGGAUCGAAGAUUUGAGAAUCGCAGCCCACAUCGUGAAGGGCAAGAAGAUCGCUCCCAACCUCAAGCGAGCAAUGAUCGUUCCAGGAUCCGGAUUGGUGAAGCAGAGAGCCGAGUCAGAAGGACUUGAUAAGAUCUUCACCGACGCCGGCUUCGAGUGGAGAGAGGCAGGCUGCUCAAUGUGCUUGGGAAUGAACCCUGAUAUCCUCUCGCCUGGUGAGCGUUGCGCGAGUACGAGCAACCGCAACUUCGAAGGUCGACAGGGUGCUGGAGGUCGCACACACUUGAUGUCGCCAGCGAUGGCGGCCGCUGCAGCUCUCGUUGGAAAGCUUGCCGAUGUGCGAAAUCUUGCCGGGUACGAGCAAGCCAUGCCCAGUGCCAAAUCCGCGCCCGUCAACAUCGAGCCUCAUGUUGAGGAUAUGGACUCAGAUGCGGAUCUCGAGAAAAUCUUGGACCUGCCGGAAUCCGAGACAGGCGGCAACGGCACUCAAACUAAAGCACCAGCUGGUGGCGCCACUGGCAUGCCAAAGUUCACACAGCUCAAGGGUAUCGCUGCGCCGAUGGAACGUAGCAACGUCGACACCGACGCCAUCAUUCCCAAGCAAUACCUCAAAACCAUCAAGCGCGCCGGUCUCGCAAAGGGUCUCUUUCACUCCAUGCGCUACAACGACGAUGGCAGCGACAACCCAGACUUCGUGCUCAACCAGGAGCCAUGGAACAAGGCCAAGAUCCUCGUCGUCAGCGGUCCCAACUUUGGAUGCGGUUCUUCCAGAGAACACGCUCCAUGGGCUCUGCUCGACUUCGGCAUCUGGUGUGUCAUCGCCAGCUCUUUCGGAGACAUCUUCUUCAACAACACCUUCAAGAACGGUAUGCUGCCACUGAAGAUCGAUGAUGAGAAGGCUCUUCAGACGAUUUUCGAAGAGGCCAAGGCCGGCCACGAGAUCGAGGUUGACCUUCAGGCGAAUGUGGUCAAGGAUGCUUCCGGCAAGGAGCUCGCCAAAUUCGAGGUGGAGGAGUUCCGUCGCCACUGCUUGUUGAAUGGUCUUGACGACAUCGGUCUGACGUUCUUGGACGAGGACAAGAUCAGCAGGUUCGAGAAGCGUAGAUCGGAGGAGACGCCAUGGUUGGAUGGCUCUGGUUACCUGUCGAGACACAGGACGGGCGCUGUCAAGGUCGAGGCUGCGCCGGUCCCCAAGACGAAUCGUGGCGAGGAGAAGACUGAGCCACUUGAGUGGUAG